AUGGCGUUCGGUAGCGAUGCUGGUAAGCUGCCAAAAGCGCGGCCUCGAGAAGGUCUACAGCUUCGGCCUUUGAAUGUUGAGAAAGGGUCCAAAAGAUACUGUUCCGCAGAUGAUACCUUCCCUCCUCAGACCGCCACUUGGAGGAACAACUUGAUGGCGCUUUCUCAGCGUCGAAACUUGUUGUUCGUCGCCUGUAGUCACCAAAUCUAUGUCUGGGAGCCAUCAGGGUCGUUUCAGACGCUGGGAAACAAACCCGAAAUGAUAAUAACUCCAGUAAUGAAAGUGCCUCAUGCUAGCGGCUAUAUUGCACCAGCUUCGCCACAUGCGAUCAACAACAUCCUUGUGGAUGAUUUAGGUCGAGACGAGGUCCUGUUACUUGUCACGGAUUCCGGCAACGUCUGCGGCUACCGGGUCGAGGCCAUCUUCUCUGCCUUGAAGCGAGCGACAGAGAAUAAGGAAGAACGUCCCCUCGAUGGAUCCCAGGUGGAUCCGUUCUUUGUGGAAUUUGUUCAAGCUAGUGCCUGGGGCCUGGCUAUCCAUAAAUUCGCCCGCCUCAUUGCAGUGAGCGCGAACACGGGUCUUAUAACCGUUUUUGCCUUUGCACUCGUGAAUCCCACUUCGGAAAGCAGUAGCUCGAGCUAUCAACCAGACGAAGAUGAUGAUAUGAUUGAUUACGGCCAGACCUGGCUGGAGGUCAGGACUAAGGACCAGUUCAGUCAGCUGCGGCAUCUGAUGCCAGCCAGACACCGCACACGAAAUGUCAAGCUGACUUAUACCGGCCAUUACGCUAAUAUCCCUUGUGUUGAUUUCUUGAACUGCGAUCUCGACCCUAACGGCAAUUGGAUGGUCAGCACAGACAUCGACAAUAGGCUGCUUGUAUGGCGGGUAUGGGAUAGUCUUGGCCCAUUCAAUGUUAAUCACUUCAAUGAUGUCUCUUUCAAGUUCUUCCCAGAGACCCUACGUUCUGAUGAGCGUGGCUGGUCUGUAAUUGCCCUCGACCCGCGGACCUUCCAUCGUGUUAAGUCUACUGAAGAAGCUUGCGGGGGCCCACCCAUUCGCCGGGCAAAGAACGGCCGGACCGUUUAUGACCUGACGAGAGCGAACAGUCGGAUACCGAACGCUUCGCAGAUAUACAACUUCUUCCCACCCGCAGUGAAGAUCGAGUCAGAGGAACCUAUUUUGCCCGACAUAUUUGGAGCCGACUGUUGCAUCAGCAGACGAAACGGCGCUUCCCAGGCUGCUUUUGCUGACGGCACUUCAUCGGCACUUCGUCGGUAUCCAAGCGAUGGCGCGUCUACAGAAUUUCUCGAUACUAACGGGUUGUCCACGGCCACGGGAAAUAUGCGUCCCUUUGAUUUCGCCGACACAUUCAGCCACCGCGCCGUCAACGGGUCUGUAUAUGGCGACAACUUGAGCCGCGACGGCUCCGAUGUGGAUGUUGGGGCGCAUAAUGCAGCAGGUAAUGGGCAUUUCCAGUCACUAAACCGCGCAGUUCAGGGAGUUGACGCUCUUCAUAUAGGCCCGGGUCCCUUGACCACACCGGAGUUCCUUCAAUUCGCACUUCUCGAGGCUCUUGGCGGCGAAGCUCCCGGCACCGAAUUCUUUGAGGACGAAAUAGAUUAUUACCUGGCUGGAGGCACUUACAGUUCCGAUCAUGAGCUGGAUAAUGCCGACAGUAGUUCCUCCCACAAUAGCGAUACAUCAGCAGCGGGACCUAUCCCAUGCCCACUACUCGACGGUGAACAUCAUCAUGUUGAUAACAUGUUUGAUACGAAUUCAGCAGGCUCCCGAUUUCCCAUCCUACACUUCUCACAAACAGACAUCCGUUUGAUACCCCAUCCAUUCGCAAACUACGCCACAGCCGUCUGCGGCGACCCUUUACGACAACCCCUCACCCACCCCGUCGUCUCCAUCCGAGCCUGCGAUCGCUUUAACAUGGUCAAGUAUGUCCCAGAACAUGGCAUCGUGAUCGCCGCAUCCCAAAAAGGCCGCGCAGCCGUCAUAGCCCUCACGGAAUCCGAAACCACCGGCCUAUCAUUCCGGAUCGACUGGAUCGUACCCCUCGAGAGCCAAGAAAAAUACGGCGACCGUCCUCUCAUCCCCAUCUUAGGAAUGAGCGUCAGUCCCAUCCAAGGUUUCGAGUUUCCACCAGACGUGCCCUACAUCCCCCGCGACGUCAAGCCCGACGACCUCGCCUUCCAGUUCAAGUACCUAAGUCACGACGAACACAACUCCUCUCUAUCAAGCAGCGUCAUGCUACAACAGAAUUCCUUCGAAGAAAUCAACAACUCCGAAGUCGAUCCCAGUGAACCUGCCGCUGCCGAUGACGACAACCCCCAACCACCCCCGCUCAGCUUACCUGAAUGCCACGCCCGUGCCAGCAGUGCCUACCAACCCGAAGAAAGUUGGCGCGGGUGGAACCCAUCGCGCCAUUACCGGCUCAUGCUCAUGUACGCAGACCACACCAUCAUGAGCUACGAGUUCUGGUAUAAGUGGAACACUACAGAUAGUGGUCCAAAUGGGCAGGAUCUCGACGAGGAAGAUGAUAUUCUCCUUGUAUAG